UGCCUCCCUGCCCUCAACCUGCGGUCGUAUUGUUCGUGCUCAAUGACCUCGCCGGUUAACUUCGGGAUCGAGAGGUCUUUGUAUAUAGGAAACACACUUAGCUCAGGUCUCUACGUCCUGGCUGCUUGCGUGUACGGUCAAAUUCUGUCAAGGCUUCGCUCCACAAGAUGCGCUCGCAGAACGAAACUGUUCUAUUCCGUCUAUUGCACCUGCCUCAUGUUUUGCUUGACCGUCGGGACCGUUGACGCGUUGUACACCGCAGAAAAGGCAUGGAUUGAAGAUAGGAACAAUCCCGGCGGGCCGUUGGCAUCUCUCAUGGAGAGCCAAUCUAACUGGCUUCACACCUUUUCUUCUGUCUGCAUCAUCCUCGCAGACGCGCUGAACAACGGACUCAUGGUUCAACGCUGCUACCUCGUCUGGAGCUAUAGCAUUUGGAUUGUCUCGAUUCCAUUCCUCAUCGCUCUGACUUCCUUUGUCAUGUCCCUUCUAAUGACUGUUCAGAGUGCUUCGCCUGACACCACCAUUUACAAGGGGGCCGCGCUGCGCGACGGCGUCGUCUGGAUCGCGCUCACGACGGUCUUCAAUGUUCUGAUUACUGGUGCCAUUUGUCUCCGCCUGAUCUUGACGUGCCGCCAAUAUCGCGACAUUCUGCCGGCAGAGUCGAUCAAGACGUACACCAGCGUGAUGUCUGUGAUGGUGGAGUCCUCCCUCCCGUUCAGCGCUGUCAGUCUGGUCUACAUCGGCUUGCUUGUGGCGAACAGUCCUGUCGAAGGAACUUUCAGUGGCAUAUGGGCCAACGCCUGUGUCCUGUCUCCUAUGCUGAUUAUUCUGAAAAUAUGCAAAGGCAGCGCGUGGUCGCGCAGUGCUAUGUCAAAUGUGACACUGACGACGAUGAUACCAGGAGGACUCACCACUCCCGGCCACACCUUAAUGACAUGUCAAGAGCAGGAAUUGAACUUGGAGGAUAUGCGGACGCUGCAUAGUCAGGUGUAAGCUAGAUUUAUCAGUUUGUUCUAUGGUUGUACGAACGUUGUGUAUUAUAUUGACCUUGG